AUGCAAAGUGCCUUACUCCUACCAUCCCAUGUCGUUCGGUCCUGUCGUCUCAUCGCUGGUCGUCGAUACGCGCCCUCGUUGUCUACAUCUUCUCGCUACUUUCAUCACUCGCUUCUUCGGCAGUCUCGGCCCUCGUCGGAAUCCAAUGGCUCUUCCGGCGCGAAUCACGACACCCCGAAGGAGGUAAAGCCAGCCGCUGUGGAUACUCAGUCUUCAGAGCAAGGUCGGGAUACAGCUUCUCCGAAUCAGUCCUCAGCUGGACGAAGGAGUUAUAUAGCGGGUCUUCGUCGUACAUGGAAGGAUAAGAAAUUUCCGGCUGAAGAUAUCCCCGUCGCAGCCACGAUUCCUCAAUGGUUUCUCAAUGAAAACGUUAUCACGUACGGGCAGGUCGACCGUCUCGAGGGUCCAACACCCACUUUGGUGGAUGUUCAGCGACAGCCACAAUCACCUGUUGAUGAUGGUGUAAAAGAUCGCCAGGCGAGCCCACUGGAGAAUGGUAGUGAGGCUGGCAAUAGCGGAGCUCCUGAGUCGACUGAUGGCGGUAGUCGCUAUGUAGUAAGCUCCGAUUCUUGGGAGAAGUUGCACGCAGCAGUCAAGGCAGGGUUUAUGUUUCCGUCGGCCAAGUACGCCGAUGAUCCAGCGACAGAAAGGUCGCAUCUCCUUGUACGAUAUCCUGGCAACGACGGGACCGACGGAAUUCUUUUUUUGAACGCCGUUGUGCAAAGGCUUGCCAAAGAAGUAGAAGCGGAUCUGGUGACUUUGAACGCUCAAGAUAUCGCUCGGCUAUGCAGCGAACAAGAAAGGGCAGAAGGUGGUGCGGUAUCUUCCAUUCGAAACUUGGGUUAUGAAGUUUACAGCGACUGGAAAAGACUAUCCAAGCCAGAUGUGGGCGGUGAAUGGUCUGAUGAAAUAGCUGGGGAUGAUGUCGAGGGUUCAUUCCCCAUCGCGGGCUCUAACAUUCGCCCGCGCAUAGUAUCUGUUGAAAGUAGCCUUCCCGACACACAACUCCCCAAUUGGUUGCUGUCCCUCACAGGGACAGGCGCGGACAGUACGAGCAAUCGAGGAGCUCGUACGGAGACAGGUACCUGGUUGCGCCUUAUAAAUCAAUUAAUAUCGCCAUCCCCACAACCAAAGCCUGUUUCCAAUAACGGUUCUUCGGAGCCAAAUCACGAGACUGGUCAAGAAUCGAAUGAUCAGCCAAGAAUGAUCAUUCAUAUACAAAAUUAUUUGGAAGUGAUGAAAUCUCGCGAGGGCUCCAAAUUUCUCAGAUUAUUCUUCAAGACGAUUCAUAGCCGGCGGCGUGAGGGCCAAAAAGUACUACUUAUAGGAACCUCCUCACAGCCUCGAAACUCACUUGCAGACCCGACAAGAGCGAAGAAGAUCAAUGAGCAAAUGACGCUCUCUGUCGAUACCUCGGCUGUGCCUUUCGGAUUUCCUCUUUGGGUCGUUCCCGCGAUGGAAACGUCAAUUGUAGAUCGACUUCUGGCAGAAGACCGAAAAGCCCACAUACGGCAGACGAAUAUACGCAAUCUUCAAGACAUGAUUCGCAAGCGAGUGGAUUAUGAUGCCAUUCCCAUAGACGACGAAAUAUUUGAUAUGGCUUCUUGGCCCACGGAAGCAGAUACAAUUUCUGACCUACGUUUAGAUUCUCACUACUGGUUUUUCAGUAGCGUUCAUCAUCAUAUCACAUUAGCCAUGGGCUGUGUACAGCCGAACGAGACGUUUAGUUUAAAACACAUUCGACAAGCUUGGAGAAUUCGGGCGAGGAAUAUAGGCAUUCGUGACGAAUGGAUUCAGGACCCAACAUCAGGCACAACCUAUGCGGAUACACCUGGAGCGAACGGAACAUCGAAAGUGGAUGCGGCUCUACAUCUUGGAUGUAACAAAUAUGAAAAGAAGCUUCUCAGUGGCGUCGUCAAGGCCGACAGUAUCCGCACGACGUUCGCUGACGUCCACGUCCCCCCAGGGACGGUGGAGGCAUUGAAGACACUGACUUCCCUGUCUUUAGUAAGACCGGAGGCCUUUACAUACGGUGUCCUUGCAACUGAUAAAAUACCUGGGAUGCUUCUGUACGGACCGCCUGGCACAGGAAAAACACUUCUUGCAAAAGCUGUGGCUCGAGAGAGCGGUGCUACCGUCCUUGAGAUCAGUGGAUCCGACGUCUACGAUAUGUACGUUGGUGAAGGCGAGAAGAAUGUUAGGGCGAUCUUUACCCUGGCGAAGAAGCUUAGCCCAUGUGUGGUAUUUAUUGAUGAAGCAGACGCUAUUUUUGGCUCCAGAAACCAAGGACGAAACCGACCUACUUCUCACCGGGAACUUAUCAAUCAAUUCCUGCGCGAAUGGGAUGGUAUGAAUGAUAUGUCCGCUUUUAUUAUGGUAGCGACAAACAGACCAUUUGAUCUCGACGACGCUGUUCUUCGACGUCUUCCCCGGAGACUCUUGGUGGAUCUGCCCACCGAACAGGAUCGUGAAUCUAUUCUCAAGAUACACCUGAAGAAUGAACAACUAGAUCAGUCUGUAGACCUCUCAGACUUGGCACAUCGGACUCCAUUCUAUUCAGGAUCUGAUCUCAAAAACGUCUGUGUGGCUGCUGCACUUUCUUGCGUCCGCGAGGAAUAUGAGCAGGCAGCUAAUCAUACGGGUGACGCACCGUAUCAGUACCCGCCGCGACGUGUUCUUAACAAAGCACACUUUGAACGUGCGAUGGAGGAAAUCAGCGCAUCAAUCAGUGAAGACAUGUCGUCACUGGACGCCAUUCGCAAGUUCGACGAAAAGUACGGUGAUCGCAAAGGUCGGCGCAAGAAGAACCCGGCAUGGGGGUUUAUGCCUGUAGGCGAUGCACAAACGGCGUCAGAUACCAUUCGCGUGCGGACCUGA